CACAGCUGAUCGCAUCUGUCACGCUGACAGAAGAGAGGAGAGCCGGUAAUCGGCAUUCCUCAGAGGGGACAUGUACACUGAUCAUCAGGGCACUGAUCAGUGCCCUGAUGAUCAGUGUAGCCCCAUUAGUGCCACCUGUCAGUGCACAUUAAUGUCACCUGUCAGUGUCCAUCAAUGCCACCUGUCAGUGCCAAUCAAUGCACAGCAAUGCCACAUAUCAGUGCCCAUCUGAGCUGCCUACCAGUGCUAGUCAGUGCCGCCUAUGAGUGCUGCCAAUCAGUGCCACCUAUCAGUGCCACCUAACAGUGCCAGUCAGUGC